GGGGGUUCUGGGAAUCGUAGUUCCCGGGCCGGUGGAGGUUCGCCAGCCUUGCCCCCGAUCUCGCGCAUGCGUGACUCCGGUGGCCCGAGAAGUUCGUAGCCUUUGUCAGGCCCGUGGUAGGAGGUGCCAGGUUCGCAGGGCCGAACCGGUUCGGGACGGAACGAAGCCUUUUGGAGGAGCCCCCAGAGGGGAGGCGGGAAGAAGGAACGCGGGGCCUCGGGGCUUCCACGCUUCUUCCCUGAGAGGUCGGCCCUGGCGGGAGAGCAGAACCUUCGCGGCCAGGAGGAGGUGGUAACCAUGGAGACCGAAAUGCCCGGGAAGAGAGCUCUGUCUUCCCAGGAUUCUCCAUUUUCCCAAGAGAAGAGCACAGAAGAGGGAGAAGUGGCAGCCCUUCGCCUUACUGCCAGAUCCCAGGCAUCGAUGACAUUCAAGGACGUGGCCAUGGACUUUACGCCAGAGGAGUGGGGGGAGCUGGACCCUGCGCAGAGGGCCGUGAUGCUGGACAACUACAGGAACCUGGCCUCGCUCUGGCUUCCAGUUUCCAAACCUGACAACUACAGUUUGAAGAAUGGAAAAGAACCUUCGAUGCUUGAGAGAAAAGUCCCCAAAAGCAGCUGCUCAGACUUGGAGACAAGACCGGAGAGCAAAGAUUCAACUUCAGUGCAAGACUUUUCUAAAGAAGAAUCAGGCCAGGUUGGAGUAAAAGAUCGGCUGACAAGGCAUGCUGUCUAUGACUCCAACUUGGGGACAACUCUUGAAUGUGAGAAUUGGUUAGAGAAUCAGCAAGAAAAUCAGGAGAGACACUUGAGAGAAAUGUUCACCCACAUGAACUCACUUCCAGCAGAGAGGACUCAUGAGCAUGGUGUUUACUGGGAAAGUUUGAGUCAGAAAUCAAUCCUUCUCACUCAAGACAGAGGUCCUAAAGGAUCAUAUGCCUUUCAUACUCUUGAAAAAAGAUUGAAACAGAAAUCAACCUUUAUGAAAAAGCAGAGGACAUAUAAAGAGAAAAAACCUCAUAAAUGCAAUGAUUGUGGUGAACUUUUCACUUACCAUUCAGUGCUCAUUCGACACCAGAGGGUCCAUACUGGGGAAAAACCCUACAGCUGCAGUGAGUGUGGGAAAUCUUUCAGCCACAGGGCUAAUUUAACUAAACAUCAGAGAACUCAUACUAGAAUCCUCUUUGAAUGCAGUGAAUGCAAGAAAGCCUUCACAGAAAGUGCAUCCCUUGCAAUACAUCAGAGGAUUCACAUUGGAGAGAGACCCUAUGAGUGCAGCGAGUGUGGGAAAGGUUUUAAUCGAAGCACACACCUCGUGCAGCACCAGCUGAUUCAUACAGGAGUAAAGCCUUAUGAGUGUAAUGAGUGUGAUAAAGCCUUCAUUCAUUCGUCAGCACUCAUUAAACAUCAAAGAACUCACACUGGAGAGAAACCAUAUAAGUGUCAGGAAUGUGGGAAAGCCUUCAGCCAUUGCUCAUCCCUUACUAAACAUCAGAGAGUUCAUACUGGAGAAAAACCAUAUGAAUGUAGUGAAUGUGGGAAAACCUUUAGUCAGAGCACACAUCUUGUUCAACAUCAGAGAAUUCACACCGGAGAGAAACCCUACGAGUGUAAUGAAUGUGGGAAAACCUUCAGCCGGAGCUCAAAUUUUGCUAAACAUCAAAGAAUUCAUAUAGGAAAGAAGCCAUACAAAUGUAAUGAAUGUGGGAAAGCCUUCAUUCAUUCAUCAGCUCUUAUCCAGCACCAGAGAACUCAUACUGGAGAGAAACCCUAUAGGUGUAACGAAUGUGGGAAAAGCUUUAAGUGCAGUUCAUCUCUUAUCAGACAUCAAAAGAUUCACACUGAAGAGCAGCCCUGAAAAAUCACUGAGUGUGAAGAAAUGUAAGUUGGUUUUAUCACUGUGUUAAAUACCCAAGUGUUUAAGCAGAAGACCCAUAAAAUGCUGCUUGAGAGACCAUUCUAUAGGCAUCUAAUUCUAGUGGCAUGAUACACAGCCUUGAGCCAUGAACAGGAUGUUUCUUAUAUCCAUUGAUUUGAUCAUUCUGAAUGUUUCUAGAUGGAAAUCUCAAAAGAUUGAUCCCUAACCCUCACCCCCAUACCCUUUUACGGAAAUUGAAGAAGUCCUUGGGAGUGGUUAGCAAUACAGUCAUUGUGAAAUCCAAUUGCCCCUCUGUCACAUCAGAGCCCUGUUAGAGCAUCUCACUUAGUAAGGAAGUUCUCAUCUGGUAGGUUAAGUGGAGGGCUCAUAGCCUUAUCAUCACACAAACACAGAGUUCCUCUGAAUCCAGAGUGGAGACCCAGCUAUACGGACAGUAUUGUUUAUUUCACAUUAGCUAUAUAAAGUUAAGGCUUGAGAAUCAAAGUAUGCUUUGGAUUCCCACCUGACCCUCAAAGACUAGUAUUUCAUUUGAUGAACAUACAAAGCAGGUUCUGAGUUACAUUCACAUGGAUUAUGCUGGUCCUGGAUUUAGAUUGUUGUUAACCCUCUGCUGUGCAAAUCUUUAUACUUCCUUGGAGGUUAUCCUGAAGCAGAGAAAGGGUCAAGACCUUAACCAUAGUUUUUGAUCAAGUCCCUCUUAUCCUUGGCACUGAAUAAAUCUCGGUUUUCUAUAAUCA